AUGCCUGGAUAUGCAAAAUUCAUGAAGGAUCUGUUGAAGAAGAAUAAACUGCUAGAAUGCCAAACCGUUGAACUUACUGCAAAAAGUAGUGCAUUCAUUCAGCAGAAGAUUCCUGCUAAGCUUCGUGAUCCAGGUAGUUUUAAUAUUCCCAUUACUAUUGAUGAUAUUGCCAUUGGCAAAGCUAUUUGUGAUCUUGGGGCUAGUAUCAACUUGAUGCCUCUUUCUAUUUAUAAGUCACUGGGAAUUGAAGAAUUGAAACCCACAGAAGUUUCUCUUCAACUUGUUGAUAGAUCUGUGAGGAAACCUAACGGGGUCAUUGAAGAUGUUCUUGUCAAAGGAAUGAUUAAAUUAAGGAUGCAUGAUGAGGAACUCAAUUACAAUGUUUUUGAGGCAAUGAAAAGACCAGCUGAGAAUGAUGAUUGUUUUCAAGUUGAAGUGUUUCAAGAGCAACAUAAGAAGAUGCGUCCACAAGAGAUUGAUUAUGAGUUGAGAGCCUGUGAUCAUGUUCCUUUUGAAGGCAAAGAAGUUGUUGUGGAAGAGCUUAAAGAAAAAGCUGAUGAUAUAGAAGAUAAGCCACCCAAGGUUGAGUUGAAAACUCUGCCUAAUACUUUGAAAUAUGUAUUCUUGGGGAAUGAAGAGACUUAUCCUGUAAUUGUCAAUACGGCACUAUCUCCUGGUCAAGAAGAGGAGCUUGUUGAAGUUCUAAAAGCUCAUAAGACUGCCAUAGGGUGGUCUAUUUCUGAUUUAAAGGGUGUUAGUCCCUCUAUUUGCACACACAAAAUUCUUAUGGCAGAAAACAUCAAACCUGUGAGACAACCGCAAAGAAGGCUUAACCCGAUCAUGAAGGAGGUAGUCAGAAAAGAAGUUGUGAAGCUUCUUGAUGCAGGUAUGAUUUACCCAAUUUCUGAUGCUGCUUGGGUAAGUCCGGUUCAGACUGUUCCAAAGAAGGAUGGUGUGACCGUUGUCAAAAAUGCAAACAAUGAGUCAUUCCCAACUAGAACUAUCACAGGUUGGAGAAUGUGUGUUGAUUACAGAAGGUUGAACACGGCUACCAGGAAAGAUCAUUUUCCACUACCCUUUGUUGAUCAGAUGCUGGAAAGACUGGCGGGCCAUGCCUAUUACUGCUUUUUAGAUGGUUAUUCAGGCUACAAUCAAAUUCCAGUAGCCCCUGAAGACCAGGAGAAGACAGCCUUCACUUGCCCAUUUGGAGUCUUCGCUUACCGACGAAUGCCAUUCGGUCUCUGUAAUGCACCUGCCACCUUCCAAAGGUGUAUGCUCUCUAUUUUUUCUGACAUGGUAGAGCGAAUUUUAGAGGUAUUUAUGGAUGACUUCUCCGUCUUUGGUUCUUGUUUUGAUUCUUGUUUAAUUAACUUGUCUAAAGUUUUGAAAAGGUGCCAAGAGACUAACCUUGUUCUGAAUUGGGAAAAGUGCCAUUUUAUGGUUAAUGAAGGUAUUGUUUUGGGGCAUAAAAUCUCCAGGAAUGGAAUUGAGGUUGAUAAAGCUAAAUUGAUUUUGAUUGAGCAACUCCCCACUCCCAUUAAUGUUCAUGCUGUUAGGAGUUUUCUAGGACAUGCAGGUUUCUACAGGAGAUUCAUCAAGGACUUCUCCAAG